UGACUCUCAGUAGAUCCUGGCACAGCAACACAUGCCCAUGGAUUUAGGACAGCAGAUGAAAGACGCCCUCCAGCGGCGUAUAGACGCGCGUAAAGACGAGCUGCACAGUUUGAGUCGGGACAUCUGGAGCCGACCAGAACUCGCCGGAAACGAAACGUUCGCGCACAACCGGCUGGUCCGCUUCUUCUCUGAGGACCGGACAUGGACGGUCCAGAGUCACUACAAACUGCCGACCGCGUUCCGGGCCACCUGGGGUCCGGUCGGUGGCGGGGAGGGGGAUCCGGGGCUGAACGUGGCCUUCCUGUGCGAGUACGACGCGCUCCCAGGUAUUGGGCACGCGUGCGGCCACAACCUGAUCGCUGAGGUGGGCGCUGCCGCCGCCGUGGGGCUCAAAGCUGCGUUAGAAAACCAGACUGACCUCCCUGUCCCAGUGAAGAUAACUGUUCUGGGAACGCCUGCAGAGGAGGAUAUCGGAGGAAAGAUUGACCUGAUCCAGGCCGGGGCGUUCGCUGACGUCGACCUCGUCUUCAUGGCUCACCCAGCUCAGCAAGAUGCCUCAUUCCUGUCCACUGUUGCAAUCCUUGAGGUGUCAGUGAAGUACCAUGGGAAGGCUUCUCAUGCUUCUGCAUACCCUUGGGAGGGAGUGAACGCCCUGGAUGCUGCUGUGCUGGCCUAUAACAACCUCUCUGUGCUCAGACAGCAAAUCAAACCAGAGUGGAGGAUUCACGGCAUCAUCAAACAUGGAGGGGUGAAGCCCAAUAUUAUCCCAGCCUACACUGAGUUACAGUUUGACAUCCGCACGCCGCUGGUUCAGGAUCUUUGCAUCCUGAAGGCCAAAGCCGAGGCUUGCUUCAGGGCGGCUGCUGUUGCCACCGGCUGCAGAGUGGAGAUCACUUACCCGAGCCAUGACUACCAUAACAUUCUGCCUAAUGCUACACUGGCGAGCCUGUAUGAAAAUAAUGGAAAAGCCUUGGGGAUUGAGUUUCCAGAGCAGCCGGCCAACUUCUCUGGUUCCACAGACUUUGGCAACGUAUCAUUCGUCGUCCCUGGUAUCCAUCCUUUCUUCUACAUAUGCACCGACGCGUUGAACCACACUGAGGAAUACACCGCAGCAGCAGGAGCUGAAAAGGCCCAGUUGUUCACCCUGAGGACAGCCAAAGCUCUGGCUAUGACAGCUGUGGAUGUAGUGUGCUGCCCUGCUCUGCUGAGGCAAGUGAGAGAGGACUUCAGGCUGGCCAAACUCAAACAGGAGAAAUGACUGGACGGCAGCGAUGCAGCCGUCACAGCGCUGUCAAAACAAUGACUUUAAUAACAGUAGUAAAAUAAUUAGGUAUUUUAAUGGGUCGUUUAAUGGCUAAUUUCACAUCUGGUCAAUGGACAGCAGUUAAAAAUUUGCCUUUUGACUUUACUCUGACACCUUUACAUUAUGUUGAUCGAUGUUUAUUACUUUAAAUGAAGCCAUAUAAAACAAUAAGUAUAUUAACGGACAUUUUAUAGGGUUAGAGUUAGACAGGGUUGACGAUAGAAACUACAGCUCAGUGUAGUGCUUCAUUUUUAUGACAACAAAUCCUCUGAAUAUCUCCACUGUCGUUGUCUUAGCUGGACAAACUCCGACAUGGGCGCACCAACAUGGGUACCUGUUCUUUUCGUUUGUCUGGCUCCAGGAACUGGAAUAAGUUAACUCUGCACAUUAGAAAUUUGGUUUAGGCAUGAAUGUUCCCUGCGGUUGAUGUGGUGAUCUUUUAACUUUUCCUGGUCAAAAUGUUAUUUUUGUUCUUGUGAAUUGAUGUCCUCCCUCUUGUAAUGGCAAAACUGAACUUAACUAGAUCUGAUUGGCCGCGUAAAUUACCACCCCAUUUUAAAAAGUAUGAUUGGCUGUCUUCCCAGUGAGAGGCGGGACUUUAGUACGAAGCAAGAAAGCAUUGUCGUCUCUGGUAUGUAGCCUACUUUUGGAGGCGCUGUGUCUUUUUGAGGACCUAAUGAAUAAAGUGCAGAAGCUUUAUAUUAUAUAU